AUGCAUUCUGCGUCGUUCCGAGCUAGCAGCCUGCCACGGGCGCGCGGGCGUGCCGCGGGCGAGGGCAGCACGAGGAGGAAAGGGGAAAAGGCUGUGAGGGCGGUGGGUGCGGUGGGGAGUGGUGGGCUUGCUUGCGUUGGUGUGGAAGUUGUCAUCGACUCAGCCCUCACCAUGCGCCGAGCUGCCGCCUGCAGAAAGAAGCGGGACGCAAAUACGCACUCCCUCCUCCAGACCAACCGGCAGCCAGCCAGAGAGCAAGCAAGCAAGCAAACCCCGUCCCCUCUGGUCGCAUCCAACGACGCACCGAGCCGCAUUCCUGCUAAACUGCGGCUCGCGCAAAGACAGCAAGCAGUACCCAGCAACCGCAGCACCACCACCGUUGCGGGAAUGACGCAUGGCUGCAAGCGACACCCGCAGCCUGCCCCUAACCUAAGCAAAAGAAAGCUGCUGCCACCACCACCGCCUGUCGUCUGCCACGAACGGUGCAUGCCCGGCCAGCAGCGCUUGGUCGUGCCCAUGUCGCUCGUCGAUUGGGAUCACCUCCUAUCAGAGCGGCCAAUUCCCCAAUAG